UCUCCCGAAAACGCAUGACAGCAUACUCCUUAAGGGUUGUCACAAAAAGCAGGUACAUGUUCGUUACGCCAACUUAAAUACGUCGAAAUUUUUAAUAUAUAUAUAUAUACAUGAUCAAACUUGAGCUGAAACAGGGAAUAAAACUUUGUUGAUAAAGUUACUCAAAUCAAGACAGAUAUAAUUUUCUGUAUUGUACAGUUAACAGAUUCUGGGAAUGUCGGAAGGGAAGAUAUUAGAUGUAAAAACGUAGUUAUGACAUGUUCGUUACUGCUAAAAACUUCUCUUAGUUAAACCUCAGUAUAUUCCGAUUAGCACUGGGUAAUUCUGUAUAUUAUCCUUUCUAGAAAAAUAAACCUUUUCGAUUCAAUAAACUCUAUUGGUUUCUUAAAUUGAAGGUCUUCAGUAUACUUGAAAUGUACGUUACUGACAAAUUCGUUACCUAGGAUACGAAACAGACUCAAAACGUGAUAGCUUUACAUAAAAGUAUGGGAUGCUGGAUGAGUUGACUGCCGCCAUUUAUUUAAAACGAAAACAGUUUCAUUCAUUUAUACACUUUUGACAGGAGAAGGAUCCACAUUUAUAAGGAAUGGUCAAAUCGAGGGCCCAGAUUCAGAGAGAAUACAGACAGCGCCUGAAAGAAAAAAACAAUGAAGCUUAUCUUCAAAAGGAAAGAGAGAGACGGAAACAAAAUUAUGUACCUAGUAGUCAAUUAUCUCAAAGAAAGAGGAGGCAAAGAAACGAAUAUAACAGAGAUUAUCUAAAACAUUAUAGAGCAAGAAAAAAAGAGGUAUUAGAAUUAAUCCAUGCCAAUAACCAGCAGAUUGAACCCUCCACAAGUGGAUAUGAAAGUGGAACAUCGUCUGUCAUUCCUACUGAAAAUAGACUGCUGGUCCAAAUGAGAUUCCAGAAGAAAGCCAAUGGUCCGAAAAUGAGAAUAAGCAAAGAAUUAACUAAAAUAAAGGCCGAAAUGAAAAGUCUACAAGCCAAGCAUGAAAAUUUAAAGAGGAAGUACAGAACAACUGCUCGCUCUUUGCAACGAGUGAAACGAAAAAAAACUGACAAAAACACAAGUACACCAAGAUCCAAAACUGAACAGCAACUCGAUGAAAUGAACUUAUCAGCUGAACAGAGAAGCAGUGUCAGAAAAGAAUUACUUUUCGCUAAUACAAUUUGUAAUGAAAUUAAAUCAGCAGGAGAGGGAACAUCGACUCAGGCAAGAAUGAGAACUAGGAUAGUAAGAAACAUUGUCUCGGGUAAAACCAUGAAAAAGUACAGGAUGAUUAAGACACUAGCACAAAGAAUAGGACUCAGUAGAAAUAAACUAGCAAAAGUAGCAACUAAAGACAUCAAUAUCAAAAGGUUUUAUCGAAUUCGAGAGAUGGGAAAGUAUAGAUACAAUGUAACAAGAUUUCUACAGAGGGAUGAAAACUCUAGAGUUAUGCCAGGAAAGGCAGAUUAUGUUAAAACAGAUGCUAAGAAAGUUCAGAAAAGAAUCUUGACAGACUACCUUUCAAACUUGUACCAUAAAUUUAUGAUGGAGCAUCCCACAGUGAAGCUGUCAUUUACCACCUUUACACGACUUCGUCCAAAGAAUAUUCUUCUGACAUCAUUUAUAAGAAGAGACACAUGUUUAUGUACCAAACACCAAAACAUGUCAUUUACAUUAAAAGCUGUAAAACGAUUAGGAAUAGACGUUUCUUUGAAUGCAGAAAAAGAAGUUGAAAAACAAGAAAAGAUUAUACAAGACAUGAAAAAUACAGAGGCCAGUGAUGUGGUAUUUAGUCAGUGGAAAAGAGUUAAAGUAGAAGAGAAGGGCAGAACAAAAAUGACAAUGAAAGUUGUAGACAGCACAGUUGACAAAAGUGGAUUUAUAGCUCAUUUCGAAAAACAGAUGAACGAAUUCAAAGACCAUGUAACAAGAAUACAAACACAAUAUGCACAAAUGAAAGAAUUGAAGAUAAAUCUACCAAAAAAUCAUUGCAUUGUACAUAUGGACUUUGCCGAAAACUAUCAGUGCAAAUCCGUGGAAGAGAUCCAGUCUGCCUAUUGGAAUCAGACUAGCGUGACAAUACAUCCCGUUGUAGUUUACUACGAGGUUGACGAGGAUGAGCUGCUACACAAAAGUAUAGUAGUAAUCUCAGAUGAGAUGGGUCACAAUUCAGCAACUGUACUAUCCAUCAUCGACCUAAUUAUACCAGAGAUAAAACAACUUCUUCCAACUGUAGAAUGUAUCCAUUACUGGACGGAUAGUCCGACAUCUCAAUAUCGCAAUAAAGCAAUAUUUAAUGCUAUUGCCAAUCACAGUCUCGAUUACGGCAUAAGGGCCAAGUGGAACUAUUGGGAGGCCGGUCAUGGGAAAGGCCCAUGCGAUGGGAUUGGAGGUACUAGUAAACGAAUGGCAGACGAAGCGGUGCGUACUGGGAAAGUCGCAAUACAAGACCCACAUGAUUUCUUUGCAUGGACACAAUCACAAUCAUGUAGCCUAAAGAGCAUCAAGUUUAUUUUCUUGCCAAAAGACAAAUGUGAAAACAAAAGCAAACUUUUAUCUGAACAAAAGCUUCGUCCGGUACCAGGUACGAUGAAAUUACAUGCUGUAGCAGAAAAGGGCAAUGAUGUAGUUGCUGUUCGUAAUACAAGUUGUUAUUGCGUAACCUGUUUGUCAGAUGAAUUUACAUGUGAAAAUUGGCAGCUGGAAACAGUUUUGAAGACCGGAACUCAAGAGGGUGAAACAGCAGAGGUUGCAGAUGAAGCCAGGGAAACCUAUCCAGAAAUGGACUAUAGCAUUGCAGAUUACGUGGCUGCUAUCUACUUAAAUAAAUGGUACAUCGGUCAAAUAAAAACAAUCGAUAUUGAAGAUAACACCAUUGAAAUCUCUUUUCUAGAAAAGAAGAAAGCAAUGUUCCAGUGGCCAAGUAGGUCUGAUAUCAUUUGGGUUGACCGUAAGGACAUUUUGUGCAAGAUAUCAAAUCCACAACCCUCCGGGAAAUCGAAAAGAAUGCUUAAAGUAAACCCCGAUGAUGCAGCAAAAAUUGAGAAACUUUACAGUAAUAAAAAUUGA